AUGGUAUUUGGAUUUGGAAGUGACGACGACAAGAAACAACGCAGAGACGAUGAUCGUCAGGGACUGAGAGACGAUAGCUAUGGAUCUGGAAGAGACAACUCCGACAGCUAUGGUUCAGGAAGAGACAAUUCCGACUCUUAUGGUUCCAGUAAGACUGAUUCUUAUGGUUCAGGAAGAGAAAAUUCUGACUCUUACGGCUCAAGCAAGUCCGACUCUUAUGGAUCUAGCAAGACUGACUCUUACGGUUCAAGCAACACCGACUCAUAUGGAUCUGGAAGAGACAAUUCCGACUCUUAUGGUUCCAAUAAAGGAGACCAAUCUUAUGGUUCUGGAAGAGGAAGUGACUCCUAUGGUUCUUCUAGAGACGACUCCUAUGGCUCUUCAGGAAGAGGCGACUCUUACGGUUCUUCUGACAAGUACGGUUCUUCUGGAAGAGACACUUCAGACUCUUAUGGUUCCAGUAAGGGAGACCAAUCCUAUGGCUCUUCUGGAAGAGGCGGAGACAGCUACGGCUCCUCGAAUAGGGAUGAUGAUGACUCCUAUGGUUCUUCCGGUAGAGGUGGAGACAGCUAUGGUUCUUCCGGCAGAGGUGGAGACAACUAUGGUUCAUCGAGAAACGACGACUACUAA